AUGGGAGAGUCACAGUCGCAGUCUCUGCCACAGUCACUGCCGCAGCGACCUGAGAAGAGGCGCUCCUCGCCCUCACACUCCAGUGAAGCCUCGUCCGCGGUCGCGUCCAACUCCGGAGCUGUUCCGGAACGGGUGGGAAAGGAGGACGUCAUGAUCACUUUGUCGCUCUCUCCCGAACCACCAGCACCCCCCCGGGCCCGAUCUCCUUUGACCCGAUUGCAUUCACGCUCCCGGUCACUGGUGGGAAUUCCCGGCAUGCCAUCGAUGACGCGCGCCUACUCGUCCCCAGGACUGGACUCCCGAGGCCGAUAUAUCUUCGUCAAUGGCCGCGGUUUGCCCGCGCAUCCUCCCGUCGACGGCGUCAAACGGCCCAUGCCUCUGCAGAUGCGCGCGGACGAUCAUAUCGAGACCCGUCUGGGCUCGCUCAACAUAUCGGAGACUAUCUCGGAGAAUGCAGAACUCCACACUACCCCAAGAUCGCCAUCCUCCCAUACCAACGGCUCUCCCGUCUUGAUGCCGCAGGCAUUCCCCCGCAUCGGUCGUAUGCGCUCAACAUCGCCCCUCCAUUUCCAAAACCCCGUGAGCAGUCCGCCCCCGAUUCAUACCUCGCCUCUCCUCGGCGGCAAAUACAACGAAUCCUACCCCAUCCACUCUUCCUCGUCCACCUCCUCUGUGCCCUCGACUCCCACCAGUCUCCGCUCCCGAAGCCCCAGUAUCUCGUCACUGGAAACAAUUCCCGAUAUCCCUGAUGCAGAAGCAGAGGCUCUCGAGGAUGAGGAUCGCAUUGCGGAGCUCAAAGCCGCCGCCGACGCGGCCGAUGCGGCAAGCAACGCCAACCGCCGGCGCGGUACCUCCGAUGCCUCAAGUCCAUCCAGUUCUUUUGGCGUGGUCCGGGGUGGUUCCAGCGCAUAUGCCCCACGCAGUGAUAAGCGGAAGCGAUGGAGUGUCUGUGGUGCCGAGCGUCGCCAGGAUCUUGAUUUAGAGACCAUCUGGGAAGACUGA